CGGACUCCGCUCGUGGUUCGAAUCUAGAAGCACAUGGCCUGCACGUUUCCUUUCUAAAAGAGCACACGAACCCGCUCAUCUCGUUGUAAACACUCUCAUCCAUUUCUUUGACACGCAGGUACACGUUGAUCCACGUGCUGGUCACAUCGAGACGCUCCUUUUGCUUCAAUAGACUGGUCAUUGGCAAAGAAGGCCUCCUCUCGCCCUGGGUUUCUUGCAUCACGCUUUUUCGCCGGACGUUUACCUAGCCUUUUCCAGACACAAUGAUUGAAGCGCGGCAUAUUCAAGAUCAUACUGCGAACUCGACAGUAAAGAAAUAUUGGGCCUACCCCGAUAGGAUCCUUCCCUGUACCAAAGAUGCUGGUACUUGUGCAUAUCUGGACUCUGUCUACCACUCGCAUGAGAUCUCAAUGCUUUACACCUUCAUUCUCUGGGCAGUUUUAGGCGGUGUUCUCAUGUUCAUGCUUUCAUUGCGCUACGGCAAGAGCGUGAGUCGUUCGUCUGAUAUCAAGACACCGCUUAGACGAGGACUGGACUCCAUCGGAUCAUUAGGCAGGCGGUGGAUGCUUUCAGAGUCUCCAGGAAGAGGUGUUCUCGGACGAGUCACUUUGCUACAAGUGACGGUGCUUUCGGCGCUUCUCGGCUAUCUGUUGAUCUUCUCUCUCGUCGGAGUCACCUACAAGACUUGGAUCACACCUACCAAAAACCACCCUGAACUCAAGACAAUCAGAACAGGCUUCGGAGGCUGGGGUGAUCGUGUCGGCGCGCUGGCCUAUGCCUUGACACCACUGACAAUAGCACUUUGCUCUCGUGAAAGCGUCUUAUCCUUGAUCACUGGUAUUCCUUACCAACAUUUCAACUUCUUGCAUCGAUGGACUGGCCGUGUCAUUUUCAUCCAGUCCUUCCUGCACACUCUGGUCUGGACACUGGUCGAAGGAAGAUUCUAUCAACCGCAACCGGAAACCUACACGACUUUCAUCAAGCAAAAGUACAUCGUUUGGGGAAUCGUCGCCCAAAUCAUGAUCACCUUCUUGUACAUCUUCAGCACUAGCUGGGCUAUUCGCUUGACCGGAUAUGAGUUCUUCAAGAAGACACACGCUCUCAUUGGUAUUCUCUAUCUAGGAGCGUGUUGGGGACAUUGGGACAAACUCGCUUGCUGGAUGAUUGCAUCUCUGAUUAUCGUUCUCGGUGACUUUGGUGUCAGAUUCCUUCGAACUGGAUUGCUUCACUUUGGAUAUCGCAAGGGCAAGCCUGGCUUUGGUUUCCACAGCGCAAUUGCUACCGUUCAGCACUAUGGUGAUGAUGAGGACUCGGUUGUGCGUGUCGAUUUUGACUUCAAACAUUCCGCAUGGAAACCUGGUCAGCACUUCUACCUUUGUUUCCCUGCCUUGAACAUCUGGCAAUCCCACCCUUUCACGCCCUCAUCUCUCCCUGAUGGUCGUAGUGAUAUUCAGCAUCACACCUACCUGAUCCGUGAGCGUUCUGGUAUCACUGCUAAGCUUGCUCAAAUCGCCAGAGCCACUGGCGGAGACUCUUGUACCACUUCCGUCAUUCUCACUGGACCUUAUGGUGGCUCAUCUACAGAAGAAUCUGCAGAUUCUAACCUUCUUGCCGUCGCAGGUGGUACUGGUGUCACUUCUGUGCUUCCCACUCUCCAAGACACAUUCACAGUUGCUCAAACUGGCACCCGCGCUGUCGAUCUUGUCUGGGUUGUUCGCAAAAUCCAAGAUCUUUCUUGGAUCGCACCAGAACUGACCGAGCUCAAAUCAUGGAUGUCUUCCGGCAAAGCUGACGGCCUACGUCUGCGCAUCUUUGUCACUCGCGAACACGCACCGCCUGAGUCAUCUACCUCGUCCACAUCCUCAAUCUCCGAAAAGGGCAAAGGCUGCUGUAGCAAACGUGCAAAGGGCGAGAAGAACGGCAUAGUCGUCACCUCAUCGAAUGACUUGACAGCACUCCAAAACAACUUCUCCAUCACAUAUCUUGGUGGAUCACAUCCAUCCAUCAAAGACAUCGUCAGCGAUUUCUCCGAAAGAACAGCCAUCUGUGGCGGUAGAAGUCAAGUCAUCGGUGCUGGACCAAUGGAAAUCGGUACCGCUUUGCGCUCUGCCGUUGCCAAAGAGAACCAUGCUGGUAAGGUAUGGCAAGGUGAUGAGAGUGGUAUCAUGGCCCUUGAGUGGGAUUGUCGCUCAUGAUGCAGGC